UAUGAUUGUCAAAUUUUAGUGAAAAGGAACGUCGUAUCGGACUGGUUUUCUCGUAAAUAUCUCUCUUCAAUGACUUGUGUAAAUUCAUUGUUGUUGAAUUUUUAAUGACGGAACUACGGUGGUGAUUGCGCGGAAACGUAGUGCAUAAACGUGUGCGUGAUAGCUCGUGUCGGUCGGAGUAGAAGGACAUACGCUGAUGACACGCUAACUAUAAAGUGAUUAUAAAUCAAAAUGAUUCAAGACGAAGAGUAUGAGCUGCUGGUGACGACCCCAGAGCGUAUAGCGGCUCUGGGGUUCAAGCCGCAGAAGGAGGUUCUGACGAACCAUGUGUUGCCUUAUGCGGGAGAGUUGGAUGAGGAGUCUACACGGUUUCUGCAGCAGGUGAAAACGAACCUGGCGAAGGCUGUGAUGUUGCGAGAGAUGAAACCGGCCUGCGGGGUCUGGUCUUCCAGGCUGAUGAAAUACCUAAGGAUAUAUGGCCUCAAGUUCGGGAAAGAAGACCACAUUGCCCUCAUAAAAUUGGCAUAUGAGUUGGUGCUCAUACCUGACUUGGAGCCCUGCAAAAUACACAAGUUUGCCACCCUAUUCAUCAUGCUUACAAAGAAAAAGCACUUGGUGUCUCCUGAGGAACUGACUCUGCCGUGGCGUCCCCUCUAUGAUGUGGGCAAGAAGAUUUUCGCCAAGAACGCUACUAGCAUUGGCCUUUACCAUUACCUCACGCCUAACCGUAGCACUGGAGGCGGUAUGCUCGAUAUGAUACGCAAAUUCAUAUCAGGCAACGGGCUGGACGACGCUCUAAACAUGUUCGGAAUGGCCCGGCCCGGAGAUGAGCUGCCGACAUCUCUGGAAGGAUCUUACAUGUCCAUGGUGAAAUGCGCAAGACCGUACUUCGAACUAAGCGCCACCAAAGAAAUGCUUGAAGAGUUCCUACCUCAGAUCCACCCGUGGUCCACGGAUACCCACAUGAUGGGUCAAAUGACUGGGUUCCUACCGGUGGGACUGUUCCCUAAAGAUGCCGCACAUGGGCACGAGCUAUGGUUUGAUAAACUCAUGGCUUUAUGGGAUACCUGCUACAAUUCGCCGUGUGGUAUUUCGGACCUAAUGACUCUAUUCUCCGGGCUCGCCAAAAAGAACCCCGGCACAGUGGACUGGAGCCCCUACGUGCCAAAGAUGUUCACCAGGUUCCUCCACGCCCUCAACCUGCCCGUCAACUAUAAGGACAUGCAGUAUUCCAAGAACCAUUCUCUCGACACUAAAGACAUGGCGUCAUGGAUCGUAUGGACCAUCAACCCUGACGGGCUGACGCUGAAACACCUGCGUUGCUUCGUGGGCGCGGUCGAGAGUUACUUGCAUAGCGCCAAUGCAGGUCGCUGGUCGUAUCGUCUUAGAGAUCUGCUUAGGAAGCUCGCUAGGGAGUUUUUAAACAGGGUGCGUCGUGAACGUGAAAAGCGUUACCGAAACAGCUGGGAGAACAAAACGCCAGAAGCAUACAAACUUCGCGACGAAGACAUUACAGAAUUCGUCAACAUCACCCUAGAACCGACCCUCCAAGCCGUCUACAGCCGCUCCGGCUCCUUAGAUAUCUCCAUCGCUUUACAGAACCUCGCUACGCUGAGACCGGCUAUCGUAGUCCCUCCUUUACUUGAGAGGCUAAGGACCUCUCUAACUUCCCUUACAGAACCUCACAGGGUUACCGCAGCCAUGUCAGCGGUGGCUGCCGUUGCAAGACCCAUGCUCCAAGGCGCUCAUGGGGACUAUCCUGAAGGACCUACACAUGUUGUACCUCUGUUACUAGCCGUUCUUCCAGGUUUAGAUCCUAAUGAUAUCAAAAAGACAUUAGUUACCUUGCACUUUAUACUGAUCUUCAGUUGGAUGGUCCCGUAUAUCGACUGUAGCUCAGCCCACGAGCAUUGGCCUGAUUUGACUGAAGAGGAAUUACUAACCUGUGAAUCUACAGCUCAGUUCGAGGAUUUCGUACUAGUGUUCCUUGAUAGAUUGUUCACGAUCAUAGAAUCCAGUGUCAUGGAGCAUGUUCGUUUGGAUACAAAGGAAUCCGACUGCGUUCGUAGUAAAACUGAUGCGGUUAUGGAAACUGCUAUUUCAUCAGCUGCUACCUCUGUAUUGAUGCAAUGCUCGCCUAAGAUCUUCAAGGAAGCUUUGAAGAAGUUUAAGGCAUUUGCGAAUGAGUCUACUUAUGAAACAAACGUUUCUGGUAGUAUGAUUGGAGUGUUAUUAAAAGUUUUCGCUCGUAUCGACUCCGAAUCGACUUUAGCUGCGUUUGUACCCGAUUUAUGCGAAGAGCUAAAUGAAUUACUAUCUACAGAAGAAGCUAUUCGCGAUGAGAACCCUCAAAGAGACUUGUCAUACAGUUUGGUGUUGCUCAUGAACGUUGUAGAAUGCGAUGGCGUGGUCCUACUAAAAUACAUUCCGCAGAUAAUUCCAGUAUUGGAUAAAGCGCUCAAACUUCACGCUAAGUACUCUCUGAUUCGUGCGUGUGAGAUCUUAAGCCACAUGUUUACUUCGUUAUGCUUUGUGGACUUGAAGGAGUGGAGGAGUUCUCCUAAAGACUAUGGGUCGGCGCCGCAGACUUGGUUGCCUAUUAGAGAGUGGGGGAGAGGGUGUUUGCUAAAGGAGGCGGACUUUAAGUGGCACGUGCCGUGCGAGGAGGAGGCGGCGUGUGCGCAGAUGCUGGUCGACAGGUAUCUAAAACCAGAGCUAGCACGUCUACGUCAGUGGCUGUCCGGAGAGAGAGACAUGUGCCGCGAGAGAAGACUGCGUUGUUUCUACGUGAUCAACGCUGUAUUGUCGUGCAGCACCUUCCUACCGCCGCCUGAUGAAGAGCCUGUGACCCUCAUGGAAUCCCUCGUGCCAGCCACCAGCCUUCCAUUCACGAACGGCGUGAAGCACACAGUCACAUUAGACGGUGAAAACCUGCGCGUAGCUCUAACAAGGCUACUGUUGGAGGUCCAAGCGCGCAUGCUGGCUGACAAGACCGAUGAUACGCGCGGGUUGGAGAUGCUUAUACAGGUUUGGGAGCGAACAGUGGUGAUGAAGGGGCUUCGCUCGGGCUCGGGGCUAGAAGCUCGUCUUCGUUCGUACGGGGCGCUGGAGCGCGCGCUGGACGGCCGUGGUGGCGUGGCAGGCGAUGCCCAUGGGGCCGCCAAAUUAAGAACGCUAGUGGCGGACGGCGCCAGACUGCAAGACGAAGCGCGACUGGACCUCGUGUGCGACGCAGGCAUAACGCCAUCCGCACUGCAAGCGCUCAACGCGUUGUAUGAACUGUCUAUCAAUUAUUACAGCUCAGUGCGAAUGCUGGCUCAACUCCGUCUGUCGUGGAUGUUGUCCCACUACCCGUACUCGUACCGCGCGCUGGUGCCGCGCCUGGCCGCGCUGCUCCUGCGAGGCGGCGAGGGCGACGAGUGGCAUGCGAGACACAAAGGCGCUCUGUUCAUAAUGCUGGGCCCGCGCACCGGCCCACUUACGGCUAAGCAGGACUGGGAGGUGGUCAAGACGCUUUGGCCGGCUAUACUGAAAGCGCCGCUCAGUGAGAAACCUAGCAUACUAAGAUUGGAGCAAGCGUUCAGCGAAACCCUCCACCGCCACUUCCCCACAGUCAACACCCGUCUGGUCAUAUCCGAAUCAGCCAUAGAAGCUGCGAAGCAAUUCUUCACCGAAGCUGAACUCUCCGAAGCAAAGCUGGCGGAAUUAUUAGCCAAUGCUGAAGCUAGGGAGCUCGCUCAUUCCGAUAAGAUCGAGACAAUCUACACGGAGUUGAUAGAUGAGUUGGUUGAUGUUGCUGAGACACCGAAUAUCCAAUGGCGCCGUCUCGAGCUAGUCAUGCAAAUGCUGACGUACUGCCCGUCGGUCCAAACCCCGUACACGGCCCGCGCCGUCCGCCUCGCGCUGCACGCCCUGCUGCACGACGACAUCGCCGUGCGGAGAACAGCGCAGAAGUUCACGCACUUCGCGCUGCAGCAGAGAAAGAGGGAGCUUAAGAAGAUUAAGGUGGAUCCGUAUGAGGUGGCCGGGGUCAAGAAACCGGAGAAGUUUGAGCCAGGUUACAGAAAGGACUUAGAAUGGGCUAUGUGGUCCGAAGACAAGAAAGUACCGUCGACGGACGAAGAGUGGGACCGGCCCUGGCUAAGGAACCCUAACUAUGGGUUCUAUUGUUGGCCCGAAGAGCUUGAGGUAGCAGCUCCAGCAUCACAGCAGGUGUUCUCCAGCGACAUCCCCCCAGCAGAGAUGGAGGAGGGCGAGCGUCACAUCCACGAGUUCUUCUCCGAUGACGACAACGUGGAGAAGCUGGUGUCGUUCUUGACGGUGGAGGAAAAGAAGGGCAAGGACAAGUUCAGUGGAGUGCGGUUCUCCAUGUUUAAGUCCCUUUUCGCCCAAUUCGGUCCAGUCAUCACGGAGAAGUUCCUCGUCCACGCGCGGCGCUGCGCCGCCGAUUCACAGGAAGCGCCUCAACGUUUCGCGUCCGAAGUAGCGGCGUCUGCGCUGCGGGCGCCGCGGUACUGGCGCCGGCAGAAUGCCUUGAGUAUCUAUGAUAGUGUGCUUGAAGUAUACAGUGCUGGUCUCACCUCCGUCAUCCCGGAGACCAUGGAGGACUGGGGCACGUCGCUGGCCUCGGGGGUGGUGAAGCUGGAGCCGGCGCGCGGCGGCGGCGUGCUGCGCGCGCUGCUGGCGCUGUGCGCGCCGCCCGCCAGCAGCGCGCAGGACCCCGACCAGCACACGUCCUUCGUGGUGUGCGCGCGGCUGUACGCGCUGCAGGGUGCUCUAGGCUCUCUUCGGUGGCAGACGGCUCUUCUCGGCUUCGAGCUCCUAGCCAGGCUCGAAGCGGCUAACUUUAUGCAACACCCUUACCAAAAUGUUCGAGAGACAGUGGGCAGCUUGCUGAUGACGAUCUUCGACACGGAGCUGGUGUUUACUGGCGGCGCGCCGCGCUUCGCCGCUUUUCUCGCUUCCGUGCGCCCACGACUAGAGCCCCUUUAUGACGAGAAUGGGGAUAUUGUGAUAAAGACAGCAGCGUCCAUGGCACAAAUGGCGGGUGUGAGCCGCGACGAGCGCGCGCGCUCGCCCCAGCCCGAGCGGCGCGCGCCCCGUGUGGACGUGCCCGUCGCCAGCGCCAGGCUCGACCCGGUUGAUGAUACCCAGCAGGAACAUGAGAAUUCCAACGAACCAGGAGAAACGUCAGAGAACGCCAGAGGCGAGCGACUCGAUAAGAAUCUGUCGACACAUCUCGACACGGCGCUGCGACUCGGCGGCGACAGUGUGGCAACUGAUCUACGCGACCACGCACGGGCUAUUAAUUUGCUUACCACAGUCCUCCGCGGCUGCAUGGGCAUGAUAGUCCGCGGCGUGCACGGCGCCAUCAGCACGCAGUACACGCUCGUGGGCACGGCGUGCGCGCUCGCCGCCCGCGGGCCCUCCGUGCCCCACGACGAGCUGGCCCGCGCUGCUGACGGCUUCCUGGCCUCUGUGGCGCUCGCUGCCAACGAUGCUGUGGCGUUCGAACAGGCGCUGCGGACUAUAGAGACUGUAGCUGCUGGGAGAUCAUGGUGGGCGCGUUUGGCCUGCCUGGACUUCGCUCAGCCGCUGCUAUUCUACGGGCUGCCCCUGCUGUGCGACCAGCCGGAGCUGGCCGUGCGCGCAGAGAACUUCACACUGAAGCUCAUGAGGGACCCCCGGCUUGAGGUGCGGCAAGCGGCCGCCAAACUCCUAACGGGCCUGAUGCACUGCGGCGCCCUGCCGGACGAGGAGCGCACUCUCCGCGCCCUCUCCCGCGCGUGCCGCAGCAAGGCGCCGCUCGAGCGCCACGCCGGCGUGCUGGGCCUGUGCGCCUACCUCGCCUCCCGCCCCUACAGGUACAUAUAUAUACUAACGGGCCUGAUGCACUGCGGCGCCCUGCCGGACGAGGAGCGCACUCUCCGCGCCCUCACCCGCGCGUGCCGCAGCAAGGCGCCGCUCGAGCGCCACGCCGGCGUGCUGGGCCUGUGCGCCUACCUCGCCUCCCGCCCCUACAGGUACAUAUAUAUACUAACGGGCCUGAUGCACUGCGGCGCCCUGCCGGACGAGGAGCGCACUCUCCGCGCCCUCACCCGCGCGUGCCGCAGCAAGGCGCCGCUCGAGCGCCACGCCGGCGUGCUGGGCCUGUGCGCCUACCUCGCCUCCCGCCCCUACAGGUACAUAUAUAUACUAACGGGCCUGAUGCACUGCGGCGCCCUGCCGGACGAGGAGCGCACUCUCCGCGCCCUCACCCGCGCGUGCCGCAGCAAGGCGCCGCUCGAGCGCCACGCCGGCGUGCUGGGCCUGUGCGCCUACCUCGCCUCCCGCCCCUACAGGUACAUAUAUAUACUAACGGGCCUGAUGCACUGCGGCGCCCUGCCGGACGAGGAGCGCACUCUCCGCGCCCUCACCCGCGCGUGCCGCAGCAAGGCGCCGCUCGAGCGCCACGCCGGCGUGCUGGGCCUGUGCGCCUACCUCGCCUCCCGCCCCUACAGGUACAUAUAUAUACUAACGGGCCUGAUGCACUGCGGCGCCCUGCCGGACGAGGAGCGCACUCUCCGCGCCCUCACCCGCGCGUGCCGCAGCAAGGCGCCGCUCGAGCGCCACGCCGGCGUGCUGGGCCUGUGCGCCUACCUCGCCUCCCGCCCCUACAGGUACAUAUAUAUACUAACGGGCCUGAUGCACUGCGGCGCCCUGCCGGACGAGGAGCGCACUCUCCGCGCCCUCACCCGCGCGUGCCGCAGCAAGGCGCCGCUCGAGCGCCACGCCGGCGUGCUGGGCCUGUGCGCCUACCUCGCCUCCCGCCCCUACAGGUACAUAUAUAUACUAACGGGCCUGAUGCACUGCGGCGCCCUGCCGGACGAGGAGCGCACUCUCCGCGCCCUCACCCGCGCGUGCCGCAGCAAGGCGCCGCUCGAGCGCCACGCCGGCGUGCUGGGCCUGUGCGCCUACCUCGCCUCCCGCCCCUACAGGUACAUAUAUAUACUAACGGGCCUGAUGCACUGCGGCGCCCUGCCGGACGAGGAGCGCACUCUCCGCGCCCUCACCCGCGCGUGCCGCAGCAAGGCGCCGCUCGAGCGCCACGCCGGCGUGCUGGGCCUGUGCGCCUACCUCGCCUCCCGCCCCUACAGGUACAUAUAUAUACUAACGGGCCUGAUGCACUGCGGCGCCCUGCCGGACGAGGAGCGCACUCUCCGCGCCCUCACCCGCGCGUGCCGCAGCAAGGCGCCGCUCGAGCGCCACGCCGGCGUGCUGGGCCUGUGCGCCUACCUCGCCUCCCGCCCCUACAGGUACAUAUAUAUACUAACGGGCCUGAUGCACUGCGGCGCCCUGCCGGACGAGGAGCGCACUCUCCGCGCCCUCACCCGCGCGUGCCGCAGCAAGGCGCCGCUCGAGCGCCACGCCGGCGUGCUGGGCCUGUGCGCCUACCUCGCCUCCCGCCCCUACAGGUACAUAUAUAUACUAACGGGCCUGAUGCACUGCGGCGCCCUGCCGGACGAGGAGCGCACUCUCCGCGCCCUCACCCGCGCGUGCCGCAGCAAGGCGCCGCUCGAGCGCCACGCCGGCGUGCUGGGCCUGUGCGCCUACCUCGCCUCCCGCCCCUACAGCCUGGGCCCCUCGCUGGGCGCGGUGCUGGCGGAGCUGGCGCGGCACACGUCGGCGCCGGACCCGGUGCCGGCCGCCAUCCGCGCCGCGCUGGCCGACUUCCGCCGCACGCACCAGGACGACUGGCCGCGCCACCGCGACCAGCUCACGCAGGAGGAACUAGACCUGCUAGCCGACCUCACGUCCCCGCCCUCAUACUGCGCCUAGCAUUCGACCGACUCGUGGACCGACGGGUCCAGCCACUCGUCGAACAUUUAUGCGGCCGACGGAGGAUGAAAAUUUCGCACGACUCCCCUAUCAAUAUAGAACAUCAACGUCACGCUCGAAAUGUAACCGACACGUAUGU